AUGCGAGAGGGAGAAGUUUCAGAACCCAGUGGCCUUUUCUUCUGACCUGAAAUUGAGAAUCUGGGAAUCUUCUCAAAGAAAUGCAUCUCUGGAGACCAUAAUGAAGAAAUUCAAAGACUCUCUGUCGUCUAAACCUCAGUGGGACAAAGCGAACGUGAUUCUGGAUCCAGACACGGCCCAUCCCGAACUCAUCGUGUCUGCGGAUCGGAGAAGUGUGAGAUGGGGAGACACACGGCAGGCUGUGCCCAACAACCCUGAGAGAUUUGACACUGCGCGCUGUGUGCUGGGCUGUGAGGGAUUCACCUCGGGCAGCCAUUACUGGGAGGUGGAGGGGGAGCGGGAGGGGGGAGUAUUCUGUUAUGUGGGGGUGGCCCGAGAGUCUGUGAGCAGGAAGGGACGGAUCAACUAUAGCCCUGAGCAGGGAAUCUGGACUGUGCAGUGCUGGGAGGAUCAGUGCUGGGCUCUCACGUCCCCUCGGCAGAUCAUCCCCUUCCCCCCGAGCCGGGGACCCCACAGGAUCCGGGUGUAUCUGGACUAUGAACGGGGGCUGGUGGCGUUUUUCGAUGCUGGUACCGGGGACCCGAUCGUCACUUUCCCGCCGGCCUCUUUCGCCGGGGAGAGAAUCCGCCCGUUCUUCUGGGUUGGUGUUGUUACUGUGCGGCUCCUCUAG